AUGACCUUCAUUUAUGACAUCACGUGUAUGGUCUGUGUUAAUGUCGUCAUCGGCGUUGUUGUAGUGUUGUAUUGCUUCGUCGGCAGAGUUGUGUUGAAAAGGAAUGCAAGGAUUGGUGCCAGGGCUGUUGCCAACGGCAGCGCCACUAUUAGUCACCAGGGUGGAAAUUGGAACCAUACAGGAGAAAUUCCGACGUGUACAAACAGUGAAGCGGCGCAACGCCGAGACAACACUGAAAACGAUAGAACACCGCGUAGCACACUCUCUCCAAAUAACAAAAGUACUUUUAACUAUAAUCGUCCAACGCAACUUUCACAGCCCGUAUCGGGUGUAGCCGUAAAUACACCAGCUUCAGCUUCAGUCACCAGUGGUUCUAUCAGAAUGCUUGUUACAGUGACAGUUGUGUUCCUGUUUACGUGGAUUCCAUUUACGAUUGUCGUCGUAUUGCGUAGUGUGGGAAUUAUUUCCGACAGUAAUCAUAUUGGUGUAAUUAUUACGAAUUUCCUGUAUGUUGUACCUUAUAUUAAUAAUGGUUGUAACCCCAUAGUGUAUGCUUUUGUCAGCAAAAAGUUUCGUAAUGAUUCUCAACAAGUACUGCAAAAAAUGUGUAGAAACCAAUGA